AUGGAUUAUGGUAACCAGACUUUGCUGAAGGAAUUGAUCUUGAUUGGAUUUUCUCAAAACCCUAAGGCAAGAAUAUUACUGUCUGUUCUGUUCUCAUUCAUGUAUAUGUUGAUCGUCCUUGGAAAUGGUUUCAUGAUAUUCACCGUCAUCCUCAGUCCCCAGUUACAUACCCCUAUGUAUUAUUUCCUUGGUAAAUUGUCUUUAAUUGAUUUGUGCUUCACAUCCUGUAAUAUGCCAAAAAUGUUGUUCAAUAUCAUUAAUAAUACAAGGACAAUUUCUAUCAUUGGAUGUUUCGCCCAAAUGAACUUUGGUCUUUUUCUCGGUAUAACUGAAUGUAUAUUACUGGCGGUGAUGGCCUAUGACCGGUAUAUUGCUAUAUGCUUCCCCUUAUAUUACACCACCAUUAUGAGCUGGAGAGUCUGUGGAUACAUCACUGUUAUCAUGUGUUUGGGAAGUUUAUACUUUUCUCUUACCCCGACCAUCAUAAAACCUCUUGUGUUUUGUAAAGGAAACACAUUGGACCAUUUUGCGUGUGAGAUUUUAGUGGUUCUUGAGCUGUCAUGUGGGGAUCUGUCAGCUACUCAAUUCUUAUUGAUUGGUCACAGUUUUAUAAUUUUAGUAUCACCUCUUAUAUUCAUUGUGGUGACCUAUAUUUGCAUAAUUUUCGCAAUAUUUAAGAUACCUUCAGCUCAGGGUAGAUCUAAAGCCUUCUCCACCUGCGCCUCCCACCUCACUGUGGUUAUUAUGUUUUAUGGGACAAGUGUGAUUACAUACACGGGACAAGCAAGAAUUUAUUUUAUCAAGAAAUAUAUUGCUAUAGGUUAUGGGAUUGUUACACCUAUGUUAAAUCCUUUGAUCUACAGCUUGAGGAAUAAUGAAGUCAAAGAAGCCUUUAAGAAAAUAUUGAUAAAAUAUUCUGUUAAGUGA